AUGCAGAGAUCACGCAGGGCUCUUCUGCAAAGACGAGCUUUGGAUAAGGCAAUCAGUGGAAGGACUCACUUGUAUCAAAUUUCCCUUUCUCUUGUUCUUCUUCUUUGGGGCCUCAUUUUCCUCAUGAAUAUAUGGUUUGGCCAUGGUGAUGGUAACAAAAAUGAAUCUGGUGAAUUCCCUUUUGGUAUAAGAACGAGAGAUGAAGAUCAAAUGGGGCCUAACAGGAGUUCCUUAUUAUGGGUGGAUGAAAAUCGUGCAGUCGUAAUACAACCUGAAGACUCUAUAGUUAAUAUGGGUACAGAGGGUGAAUCAAAAAUCAAGUCAACAAUUUUUAAGUCUGAACCAGCCAUUGCAGAGCAAAUUGACGCCAAAAGAUUGGACUCACUGGAGAAUCUGAAGGACACUUCUGAAACUGACAGGUUGUUACGUGCAGUUCCUCCAGGUCUUGAUGAAUUCAAGAACAAGGCAUUAAAUUCUAGAAGUAGACAAUUAAGUGGCAAGUCCGGAAUCAUUAUUCACAGAGUGGAGCCUGGAGGGGCAGAGUACAAUUAUGCUUCUGCUUCAAAAGGAGCAAAGGUCUUGGCGUACAACAAGGAAGUGAAGGGUGCUUCUAAUAUCUUGAGUCGAGAUAAGGACAAGUACCUUCGAAAUCCUUGCUCUGCUGAGGAAAAGUUUGUUGUCAUAGAACUUUCCGAAGAAACAUUAGUGGAUACAAUUGAAAUAGCAAAUUUUGAACACUACUCAUCUAAUCCAAAAGAUUUUGAGCUUCUUGGCAGUCCUGUUUAUCCAACCGAUUCAUGGGUGAAACUUGGAAAUUUCACAGCUGGGAACGUGAAGCAUGCUCAAAGAUUUGUUCUUACAGAGCCAAAAUGGAUGACAUAUCUUAAACUGAAUUUAUUGAGUCAUUAUGGUUCAGAGUUCUAUUGUACACUUAGUGUUCUAGAAGUGUAUGGAAUGGAUGCCAUAGAGAAAAUGCUUGAGGAUCUGAUCUCUGUUCAGGAUAAGUUAGCAGUAUCCGAGGAACCGAUUAAUGAACAGAAACUUACCUCCAACCAGCACGUAACUACAGAGAGUGAUCUUUGUCGAGAUGUGGUUGAUGAACCUGUUAAUGAACUUGGAAACUCUAAUGGGAAACAUGAAGCCACUGUAAUUUAUGUGCUGGACCCAGUUGAAGAAAUUCGUCGUCAGCAGGUUAACAGGAUGCCUGGAGAUAGUGUUCUCAAAAUUCUAAUGAAAAAAGUUAGAUCCCUGGAUUUGAAUUUAUUGGUUCUAGAGCGAUACUUAGAGGAGUUAAAUUCCAGAUAUGGUAACAUUUUCAAAGAAUUUGAUAAAGAAAUUGGAGAAAAAGAUGUCCUUUUGGAGAAGAUCAAGUUAGACAUAAGGAGUUUCUUUGACACCAAGGAGGUCAUGAAUAAAGAGAUCAGCGAUCUUCUAUCUUGGAAAUCUCUUGUUUCCACACAGCUCAAUGAUAUAAUGAGAGACAAUGCUGUUCUCAGAUUGGAGGUUGAAAAAGUUUGGAAGAAUCAGUUACAUAUAGAGAAUAAAGGAAUUGUUGUGUUUCUAUUAUGUAUAGUUUUUGCAUUCUUUGCUCUUCUAAGGAUAUUGACAGAUAUGAUUUUCAGUGUUUAUGGUACCCAAAAUUCCAGGAAAUUUUGUUCCAACGGGUCUUCCUGGUUUUACCUAUUAGUGAGCAGUAGUGUUACCAUGAUCAUCCUAUCUUUAUAA